CGCUCCCGCGGCGCCUCCACAGCGUCUCUGACAGCCGCGGCGCUGGGACCCACGGCCCGCACCACCUCACGCAGCCUUCGCGGCCUCCACCGCGGCCCGAGUCCCGUCCCUCGCCUCGGCGCCCACAUCCAGGGGGCGGUCCGGUCCGCCGUCUCUGCGGAGGCCGCAUCUGGCGCGCAUCUGGAACCGCCCGGCCGGCCGCGCUGGAGCCCGCGCCCGCCCUGGCCCGGCCGCGCCGGGAGCCCUGCCCGGAGCUGGAGCCGCACCUGGAGCCGCGGGCCCGGGGCCCUGAGCCGCGCAGCCGGCGCAUGGUGAACUCGCUGCUGUUCGGGGAGAUGGCCUUGGCCUUCGGCUGCCCGCCGGGCGGCGGCGGCGGGAGCUGCCCCGGCGGUGGCGGUGGCGGCGGCGGGGCCGGGCCGGGGCCGUCGCCGGUGACGGCGGCACUGCGGGACGACCUGGGCUCCAACAUCCACCUCCUGAAGGGGCUCAACGUGCGCUUCCGCUGCUUCCUGGCCAAGGUGCACGAGCUGGAGCGGCGCAACCGGCUGCUGGAGAAGCAGCUGGAGCAGCAGCAGAGCGAGCGCGAGCGGCGGCUGCGCUACAAGACCUUCUCCCGAGAGCAGGCCGUGCAGACCGGGCCCGAGCUGCUGCGGCCGCCAGCGCCCGGCGCGGGGCACGGCAGCGGCAGCGGCGCGACGGCGGGCGCCAACGCCAACACCGUGGCCCUGGGCGGCCUGCCCCCCGGCGGCGGCUCGCACCCGCAGCACUACGGCCGCCUGCCCGGGACCAUCUGGAGCUACACGCAGGUGCGGCGCACGGGCGGCGGCGGCGUGGAGACUGUGCAGGGCCCGGGCGUGUCGUGGGUGCACCCCGACGGCGUGGGCGUGCAGAUCGACACCAUCACGCCUGAGAUACGCGCGCUCUACAACGUGCUGGCCAAGGUGAAGCGCGAGCGCGACGAGUACAAGCGGAGGUGGGAGGAGGAACUGGCCAAGCGCAUGAAUCUGCAGACCAUGGUGGACACGCUGCAGGAGGCGGCGCAGGAGGCUGAAGCUAUCCAGGAGGAGAUGAACGAGAAGAUUGAGCGGCUCAAGGCCGAGCUGGUGGUGUUUAAGGGGCUCAUGAGCGAUCCCAUGACAGACCUGGACACAAAGAUCCAAGAAAAGGCCAUGAAGGUGGACAUGGACAUCUGUCGCCGGAUCGAUAUCACGGCCAAGCUGUGCGAUGUUGCACAGCAACGGAACUCGGAAGACGUGUCCAAGAUCUUCCAGGUGGUCCCCAAAAAGAAAGAGCGUAAGGUGGCUUCGGAUGACGACAUCUCCGAGCAGGACGGGGAGGUGAACCGGUUCUCGGACGACGAGGUCGGCUCCAUGAACAUCACAGACGAGAUGAAACGCAUGUUCAACCAGCUGCGGGAGACCUUUGAUUUUGACGAUGACUGUGACAGCCUGACGUGGGAAGAGAACGAAGACACACUGCUGCUCUGGGAGGACUUCACCAACUGCAACCCAACCAUUGACCUGCAGGGCGAGCAAGAAGAAAACUUGGGCAACUUGAUCCACGAGACAGAAUCCUUCUUCAAGACGAGAGACAAGGAGUACCAGGAAACGAUUGGCCAGAUCGAGCUGGAGCUGGCCACGGCCAAGAGCGACAUGAACCGACACUUGCAUGAGUACAUGGAGAUGUGCAGCAUGAAGCGCGGGCUGGACGUGCAGAUGGAGACCUGCCGCCGGCUCAUCAAAGGCUCUGCAGACAGGAAUUCACCGUCCCCCAGCUCCGUGGCCAGCAGUGACUCAGGAAGUACAGAUGAGAUCCAGGAUGAGUUUGAGCGGGAGGCAGAUGUGGAACCCAUGGUCAGCUGAUGACGGAGGCCCCCUGUGCCUGCUGGUCUUGGUGAUGGGGCCUCUGCCCCCACUCCCCGUGGGUCCAGGAAGGCUCCUCGGAGUGGGGCUCCAGUCCUCACCACACAGACUCCCUCUGCCCUCCCUUCUCUGGAGGCCCCGAGGGACCGCUGCUUCCUUCCUUCCACCCCACCACCAACCAGUGCCCCUUCUCCAUCCACCCACCCAAGGAAUGGUGCUGUCAAUUUCUAUUGUUCUCCACAUUACAAAUGCAGACUUCUGUCCGGACGAUGCAGUGUUAACUGUGCCUUUUCCCUUAAGCUGAGCCACUUUGAGCUCCAAAGAAUUCUUCCUAGCAGGUGUUUUUAUACAAAACUCUAAGGUGAGGGCGGGGCCCCUGGCGUGGUAUAAUGUGGAUUUCUAUCCUCCCACCUGCUCCUCUGAUUGGCCAUGAGCUCUGCCCUCCCCUCCUCUGCCUGGCCAGUGCCAGUUGGCCUUGGGGCGGUCCACCUUCCCACCCGCCAGGAAGGAGCUGUUUGCCUUUGCAACCUUUCCAGGCCUGGGUGGGGGCCUCCCAAGUGUUUUUACUUACUGACAAGAGAGAAAAGAUGGAAGGAGGGAGGGAAGACAAAAUUUUACUUUCUUUCUGAAUCGAGUGGCGAAGCGGAGGGACAAGGCACUGUGGGGGAAAGUGGAGUCUCACUGUGUUUAAACUACUAUGCAAACAAAACAAAAGAAAACAAAAAAAAAAGCAGCUUGCCUUAUAUCAUUGUGGAAGGUAGGCCCUCGCCCAGACUCCCCGUUUUCCCCUGGAGCUGGGAGGGAGGCCAAUGCUAGGGCGAUCUCUCUUGCAGCCUCUGAGGGUGAGCACUGACUUGGGAGGGGGCGGUUCUGUCAAGGUCGGUAGUGAGGCCGGGGGCCUGCAAGGCCAUGGGCCCACCUGACUGCUUGCUUUCUUGGGACCUUUGUGGGGUGGGAGGGGUCUUUUAUUGCCCUGAUGACUUGAUGUUUUUCUCUCCCUUCCCAGCCAAUGAUAAGGGACUACAGAUCUGUAAUUUCUCUGUGAGAAAGCCUGAAGGGGGCCAGGCCUGGUAUCCACCCCCUCCACAGUGGAGCUGGGUUCGUACGGCCUGCAACCAUCUUGGUUGGUUCUCCACUGCCCCAGUUGCCGCUGUUUGGCCACCGGCAGGCACUGGAAAGGGAGGGGGAGGGAGGUAGUGAGGGCUGCUGGCUAAUCAGAGGAGGCAGGAGCGGAGCUGGAGUGAGAACCAUCCUCUGUUCUGCUCAUGGACAUACGCAGGCCUGUUCCGUACUUCACUCGAUUGACCGACCAGUGGGGAGCUAAUGUGAGCCAGUAUCUCCCCAAGGCCUGGGUGGGCCUGUGUCGGAAGGCACUGUGUUGAGGCCAGCUGCCAGAUCGCAGCUUGGAGCCAGCCAAGCAGGUUUUGCUUUUUUAAAAGAAUGUCUUUUCGUACCCACUCUUGUGGGUGCGAUUGCCGAUUUUUGGUUUUUUAUUGGCCCAGGAGCUCUCCCGGGAGGUCCAAGGGGCAAAAUGUGCCCGGGGCCCAGAACUUCCCACCUCCUGCUCUCCUGUGGAGGCGGAGGAGGGACUCUGGCUUUAAAUGGGAUUGCAGCCCCCUGUCUUUCUUCCUCAGGGUACCAGCGACCUGUAAGGGCCUUCUCUGUCUUCCGUUUCCCCGCCUGUUUUGCAGUCUUAAAACCAUUGUACAUAAUACUCAUAGGAUAUAUAUAUAUAUACACACACACACAUAUAUAUAUAUAUGGAGAGAGAGAGUGUAUGUUAGUGACUGUAUGUAAUUUUUAUUUAUCAGAACUUGGUGGCCUUUAUUGUGAGUCUCCCCCCCCCCCCCCUUUUUUUUUUUGUGUUGUGGUUGUCGCAGGAACCUGCUGGUUCCCCGUGGCAGUCUGGCCGAGAGGCUUCCAUUCCCAAACAGUCCCUGGGUAGGUACGCGGAGGGACCAUGGGUUCAGAGGAGAGUCAGCCCCUUCCCCUCCUCCUCACUGACCCUUGUUCUAAAGGUUACAGGGUUCAAACAUACCUGAUUAUUAUUGUCAUUAGUGUUAUUGUUGUCUUAGUUUUAGUCUUAUUGUAACCAAAGUUUGUCAGAGCCAGUCAGGCUUGGACCUCAGCUGCUGGAAAGAUUUUCCGUUUCCGGGAGGACACCCCCCGCCUCCCAACCCCGGCCUCCUCUGUCCAGGGCUGAGGGGGGUAAGGGAAUGGCGUGGUUUGGGAGGCAGAGCAGAGGUCAGUCCCGGUUGUUUCUCAAGGUGGUGGGGAGGGUGGCAGACCUAUCUUUAGUGUUAAGACAUAAGGCAGCAGUGUAAGUAUUUGAGAUUAAGGGGGCCUCGGCAGUCAGCGUUCGAUGGUAUUAUGUAUGCUUUCCCCCUCAUGUACAUAGGACGUUUGCCUCUGGGACUGGGGUGCUCGAAGUUUGUCCAGGGAGUAUGGAAAUGGCAGGAGCCCGAGAUAGACGCUGGCCGAGCGGCUCCUUCCUGCUGGUUUUCCAUAGCUGCUCUCCCCUGGGGAGCAAGGAUUGGGGCAGGUGGAUGGGGCUGGGGGACGGCAAGGGUGUGGCAGACCGGUCUCCUGGGUCUGAGCCCGGCUGCCUCUCGCUCUCCCCACCAAGUUCUUUUUUGAGUUUGUUGCCAGUGGGCCCUUGCUCGUGCCCCCGCCAUGAGCCCACAGCUUGCCAAGAAAGACCCCAACGCUUGCUGGGGCAGCACCGGAUCCAGUUGGGAUGAACUGGUCCGUCCUUUGUAAAGCUGUAAAUACUAAAAUUUCUAUUUCUAAGCCCAGUGUCAUAUUGACAUUGGUAUUUUAAGGUUGUUCUCAGAUGGGCUCUCCUGUGCUGCCCUCUCUCACUCUCCUAUUUUUGGGGGUUUUAUAAAAAGAGAGGAUUGGGGAGGGGCAGGGAGAGUAGCUUCCUUUUGGCUCCCUGGUUGUGGAAGACACAUGCGCGCGCACGCACGCACAUACACACACACACACUCCUCUGAGACUCCAAACGGGGAAAAACAUCAUUGGCAAGUGAAUACACUUUGUUUUCUUGUAGCAAUAUAUCUUGAGGGCUUUGAAGGGCGGACUUAGCUCUGACCUACAGAGAAGCAAACCAUUUUGGCUUGGAAUGGGGGAGAGGGUGUGGGGUAGGGGGUAAUAUAAGGUGUAACUUAAGCUAAAUGUAAUGUAUUUAUAAAGUAAGAGAUUCUCAUCUAUUUUUAUGAGAGGAAAGGGUUUUUAAAUUUAGGGUAGGCAGUUAUGGUAGCCCAGCGUUGUCCUGUGAACAAGAAAUGCAUGUUGCUGCUGGACUGAAUAUAAUCAGUGCCCCUCCACCUCCCUGGUCUCACCACCCACUCACCUGUACCCGUGAGCGGCUUCAGCAGAGCCUAGGUCCCACUUCACCCCAUUUCCCUGUUCCUUGACCCCCCAGCUCCUUGGUCCUUGAAAGUCUCUGGCGGGGGGCACUUGUGGAAGUGGGUGGGCAGUGGAGAAUUCAGAAUUGAGGUGGGUGGGGAGGAGGGGAAAGGGGGCACCAGGUAGGGGACAAGCUCGGCUUCUGAGGGUGGGCUCUGAUCGGUGACUCACGCUCUGGUCUGCCAAGGUCCAUUUCCAAGUCAGCUGUGUUUGGGAGAAGUUGAGAAGCAGCAGACCGUGGGUGGCCAUGGGACUGUUGGUUCAGGGAGCACUUAGCUUCCUUGGGGCCUGGGCCCUGGUGGGUCCCAGGUGGUCAGGCAGUUGGAGCAGGAAUGGAAGGGCCAGAAGAUGCCCGUCACCCAGCCCCAGCUGUGCCUACUCCAGGCCUCGGCCUGGGCUACAGUCCUUGAUGUGCUCCUCCAGGGCCUGGGGCAGGAACCGGGGUGCUGGGACUUCCUCAGACCUGGGUUCACCAUCUUGAGACACCGAGCUCUUGUUCUAGAAGGGCAUUCUCCUGACGUGGGGAGUCCGGAGGCAGCUGGGUGGGUAUGGGUAAAGGCAAAUUCUCUCUGAAAGGGAAUUUUCCUUGGCUGGAGGAUUUCCAGGUUCAGGGUGGACUGUGUGUUGGUCUUGGGCAAAUCCCUCACCAUUCCCACUGCCGGGCCCUCAAAGAAACGAGGUAAGGCACCAUCCCCACCCCCGGCAAGACCCCUUCGUGGACAUUUUAGCAUCUACCUGAUUUUUAGCCCCAUCCAGGGAGACUUUAUAUCCUGCAGUUCCAUCCCACCCCACUGUUGCUGUUUGUCUGCCAGUUGGGUCUAUUGUCAAGGGGGAAGGGGGGUUUAUACUCACUGAAAGACUACUGAUCCUACCGGAAACCAACCUGUUUACUGUACUGUUGUAAAUAUCAUGCCCUUUAUAUCCUGUAUAUUGGCUUCUUUUAAAUAAAGUGAAAUGUCUUAGAA